AUAGAGACGAUACAUAUACACAUCUCUCUUCAAAACACUACGAACAAUUCGGCCUCUUGAGAUUCUGCAUAUAACUUGCAAUUUUACAGAUGGAGUGUUGAAAGAACCUUUGCUUCAUGGAAUGAGAGAAAUCGUUAUGGUACAUUGAUUGAGAAGAGAGGAAUAAGAAUCAAACGAAUGGGAAUGAUAUGACCAAGGAUGCCUCAUCGAGCUCAACAAAUAUAUUUACAGAACAGAACGGAUCACGAGAGACAAACUACAACAAUACAGUCGAAACAAUGGCGAGCGCAGUCGCUGAUGGGAGGAGAAAAUCCGCGCCAGCUAUCUGUCCCACGGAUGAUGAUACGGUAGUAUUGGGGAAUAAGCAGUCGAGGAUGGGGCAAAAGGAGGGACUUGGAGAAGAGGGGAGGUCAAAGACUGCGGGGAAGGAGAUCAGAAAUAAACAAAGUUGGGAUUAUAUUUGGAGAACGGGGUUGGCGGGGGGUUUGGCUGGUAGUGCGGCAAAAACCGUAGUCGCCCCCCUCGACCGAGUAAAAAUCCUCUUCCAAGCCAGCAACCCUCAAUUCGCCAAAUAUACCGGCUCCUGGUUUGGCUACAUCACAGCCAUGCGAGACAUUCACAGCGAUGAGGGACUGCGCGGACUCUUUCGCGGACAUUCUGCGACUAUCCUCCGUAUAUUUCCAUACGCUGCGAUUAAAUUUCUAGCAUAUGAACAAAUCCGCGCAGCGAUCAUACCAAAACGUGAAUACGAGACACCGUUCAGAAGAUUGAUUAGUGGUAGUUUGGCGGGAGUAACGAGUGUAUUUUUCACCUAUCCCCUGGAGGUCAUGAGGGUUAGAUUAGCGUUCGAGACUAAAGGACGGAGCGCGGGGUUGGGGGAAAUUUGUAGGAGGAUAUAUCAUGAAGUUCCGCCGCAGCCUAAAUUAUCUACUACGACUGGAGCAGGAAGUCUAGUUGCCGGGGCAGAAAAUGCGGUGCAGAUUAUUGUACCCAAAAGUGGAUUGGCAAAUUUUUACAGAGGGUUCUCGGCAACGAUAUUGGGAAUGUUGCCAUAUGCUGGAAUGUCAUUUUUAACGCAUGAUACCGCGGGAGAUCUGUUAAGACACAAGAGUAUCAAACAGUAUACGACACUUCCGAAACCAGCACAUUAUGCGGAGAAUAAACCCGCGCCGCUUAGAUCGUGGGCGGAAUUAUUCGCGGGUGGUGUAGCAGGAUUAGUGUCCCAAACGAGCGCGUAUCCGUUGGAAGUGAUAAGGAGGAGAAUGCAGGUUGGGGGAACGGUGGGAGAUGGGAGGAGGCUGCAUAUUGGGGAGACGGCGAGGAUGAUUGUUAGGGAGAGGGGGUGGAGAGGUUUCUUUGUGGGCUUGACGAUUGGUUAUGUGAAGGUUGUGCCGAUGGUUGCGGUGAGCUUUUAUGUUUAUGAGAGGGGGAAGGGAUGGUUGGGUAUUUAGGGUGGAGAGUCUAGAUGGGAAGAGAAGGGAAGAGCACUUGAUAGAUUUUGGAGUAGUGUUGUGUUUCGUGGUAUUGAUAUUGUAUGUAUGUUUGUAUGUAAGCAUUUUCAUUGGGAAGAUGGGAAGAGGGAUGGACAUUCUUGGGAUAUUGAUCCGGUGGGAAGGGAACAUUGAUACGAAAAUUCGAAGCUUUAGAAUUAGAAAUGGGAAUUAUGUAUCAUCUA